GUGCAGAGUGUGCUGGGACAUCAUAAAUAGCACCCAUGGGUGCUGCCUCCAUAUAUUCUCCCAGGACAGAGCUCCUCCCAGGGGGAUGCUGCCGGCUCCGCACUGCUGACUUCUCCCAGCGUUGCUCCCAGGCAGGCCAUGUGCGUGGGGAGGUGCAGCCGCAUCGUGGGCCCCUGCCUGCUGGCACUGGGCACACUCUCUGUGAUAGCCAACAUCCUCCUGCUCUUCCCUGGUGGGGCGUGGAAGUACCUGGUGGACGGGCACAUCACCAAGCAGGCCAAGGUCAUGCCGGGCAUCUGGGGAGGAGGCAUCACCGUGCUGCUGGUGGCGACCCACAUCACAGCAAUGGGGUGGCGAUGUGCUGGCUGCUCCGACUGCGGCACCCGUCACAACGCCUUUCUCUCUGCCAUCCUCUCCAAGCUGGCACUCCUGGGCUCCGCCGCCUGCUUCAUCCUGUCUGGGGUGGGCCUGACCAACGGCCCUCUCUGCCUCUACAACGCCUCCGAGCACAGCCACGUCCCCACCUGGGGAUACCCUUUCUUGGACACCAGCAGCCAGGUGUCUGACACCAGGGUACUGGUGCUGGCGGAUUAUUUCCUGUACAAGCCGGACACCUGGGGCACCUGCCUGGAGCCGGCGGGCAUUGUGGCCUGGAAUGUCACCCUCUUCUCCCUCCUGCUGCUCGUCAGCACUGCCGAGAUGGUGCUGGCCUCCAUCCAGAUCCUCAACGGCUAUGCUGGCUGCCUCUGCGGCUUCUGCGAGGGGAAGAAGGGCCGCCCCACACGCCUGGACUGAGCGCUGGAGCUGUGCUCAUGGGGGUCACUGCAGGUGCGGGCAGCUGGAGACUGGCCUAGGGACAGAGGAGAAGCGGAUCCCAAACGUCGAGGUAUGGGAGCAGGCCCUGGAGGGAUGGGGGGCUCCUGGAGGGACCUCGUUGGGAACCUCGCUGGAAAUGGGACGACAGAGCAGCUGCUCAUCCUGACCAGCCCAGUGGUGCAGAGCCCCAUCCCCAUUGCCCCUGGGGCUUGGCUGCGCUCACAGCGUCACCGCCUUCGGCACGUCCUCAUCCCUGCCUGGUGCAGGGGCAGAGCCCAGGGGCUGCGGGAACAGCAAGUGCCUCUGCUUGGAGCAUAUUUGUACAUGAACUGGUCACGUUGAGAGGAAAGUGGCAGUGGCCAUGGUAACUUGAAAAAGAAGUCAGCCAGAUUGCACAAUAACAAGGAGAUGAAGAUUUUGAUGAGAGAAAUUGGGUUGAAAGUAAGUAUUAAAAAGGAGCAAGAGAAGGGGCAUAAGCAGGUGUGCCUGUGAGAGGAGAGGCCAUGGCAUUGUGCCCCAGCAGCCUCCCCCAUGGCAGCCCCGAUCUGCGGCACUGCUGACAGUGCCACUCAAUUUGUGUUUCACAGACUGAUGGUUGAUUGAGUGGGCUUGGGAAAGCAAUAAAGUGCAUUCCUCACGUGAAUCGAAGGGUUUUUUCCAGUGCCAAGGACCUGGCUGUGAAGCUUGCUCUCUGGCAGGGUGCACGGAGGGGCUGCUGAAAUGCCACCUCCACCACUCUGCCGAUGUGAAGCUGGAAGCAGGAGGGAGAGCAUCAUUAGGGACCCGUCCUUUAUUUGGGAGGAUUCUGGGUGGAGGAAGAGAGGUGCAAGGGCAGUGAGACAGAGAGAGAAAGGCUGAGAACAGGGAUAACGGUAAUAAAGGCAUGAGCCUCUGAGCCCAA